CUCCUUCAAACUUUACCAGUAGGUGCAUAGCAUCAUUCCUACAGCAUCCCAACUCUGCCUAUGCCCCCCAAUGACUGAGCAGGUAUGCAGGGGUUGCUGCUUAUCCCACGUUACAAGGUACCGCGUUUAAUGUAUAAGCACCUUCCGCCUGAUGGCCCUAAAGCCCUUCACAAAGGGGUGUGUGAUUACAGCCAUUUUACAGAAUGAGGAGACUGAAGCACACCCCCGGGGCACUGGGUCUGUGGCAGAGCUGGGUACGGAACCCAGGAGUUCGGGCUCCCAGCGUUGUGCUCUAGUUAUGCGCCCCGCGUUCUCAUUCUUAACCCGCUUCUCCCGGGCCAGCAGCGAAACGUCCCCGUACCAUGGCCCCGCCCACCGCGGGCAUUAAGGCCCUACUACGUUCCUGAACGCGUCACCACGGCGCUGAGGCGGUACGCGCGGCGGAACUCUUUUUUCCCAGUGCGCAGCGCGCGGAGGCGCCGCGGUGUACUGCGUCACUAGAAGCCGGGCAGGCCGGGUUAUUCUCUGCGUGGCCGGCUCCGGGUGCGGUAGGUUCUGUGCUCAGCGAUCAUGGCCUCUGCUGCGACCCACACUUCUCCGGCUGCCGCUCCCGCCGCGCCUCCUCCGGCCCCAGCGGCCCCGGGCAUCCUCAUUGGGGACCGGCUGUACUCGGAGGUGUCGCUCACCAUCGACCAUUCGCUCAUCCCCGAGGAGCGGCUCUCGCCCACCCCCUCCAUGCAGGACGGCCUGGACCUGCAUAGCGAGACCGACCUGCGCAUCUUGGGCUGCGAGCUCAUCCAGGCGGCCGGGAUCCUCCUCCGCCUGCCGCAGGUGGCGAUGGCGACGGGGCAGGUGUUGUUCCACCGCUUCUUCUACUCCAAGUCCUUCGUCAAACACAACUUCGAGAUUGUUGCUAUGGCCUGCAUCAAUCUCGCUUCCAAAAUUGAAGAAGCACCUCGUCGUAUAAGAGAUGUGAUAAAUGUCUUUCAUCAUUUGCGCCAGUUAAGAGCAAAAAGGACUCCAAGCCCCUUGAUACUUGAUCAGAACUACAUAAACACCAAAAAUCAAGUAAUCAAAGCAGAAAGGAGGGUACUGAAGGAGUUGGGAUUUUGUGUUCAUGUCAAGCAUCCACAUAAGAUCAUUGUUAUGUAUUUACAAGUCUUAGAAUGUGAACGUAAUCAAACCCUCGUUCAGACAGCCUGGAAUUACAUGAAUGACAGUCUUCGAACUAAUGUGUUCGUUCGUUUUCAACCAGAGACAAUAGCAUGUGCUUGUAUUUAUCUUGCUGCUAGAGCUCUUCAGAUUCCACUGCCUACCCGUCCUCAUUGGUUUCUACUCUUUGGCACCACAGAAGAUGAGAUUCAGGAGAUAUGUAUAACAACUCUGAAGCUUUAUACUAGGAAAAAGCCUAAUUAUGAAUUGCUGGAUAAAGAAGUAGAAAAGAGAAAAAUGGCAUUACAGGAAGCUAAACUUAAAGCAAAAGGAUUAAACCCAGAUGGUACUCCAGCUCUCUCAACACUGGGUGGCUUUUCUCCUGCUUCCAAACCAUCUUCCCCAAGAGAAAUGAAAACUGAGGAGAAAACGCCAGUAUCUGUGAAUGCCAAAACUAUUAAAAAAGAACCAGAAGAAAGGCAACUAGCUUCAGAGAGUCCUUACAAUGGCAUGAGAAAAGAAAGCAAGAGAAGUAGAAGCAGCAGAAGUGCUAGUAGAUCAAGGUCAAGAACAAAGUCACGGUCUAGAUCUCAUACUCCUAGGAGACAUUACAAUAAUAGGAGGAGUCUAUCAGGAACAUACAGCUCAAGGUCAAGAAGCAGGUCCCGCAGUCACAGUGGCAGUCCUCACAGACAUCAUAAUCAUGGAUCUCCACACCUAAAAGCCAAGCACAGCAGGGAUGAGUUGAAGAGUGCAAAUAGACAUGGUCACAAAAGGAAAAAAUCUCGCUCGCGUUCUCAGAGUAAAUCCAGGGAUCACGCCGAGGCUGCCAAGAAACACAGGCAUGAACGGGGACAUCACAGGGACAGGCGUGAAAGAUCCCGCUCUUUUGAGAGAUCUCAUAAAGGCAAGCACCAUAGCAGCAGUCGUUCAGGACAUAGCAGACACAGGCGUUAGGUUUUGGGCCUGUACCUGAUUUUAGUUAAACCUAUAUAUAAUACAGUGUAUGGACUGUGAGAUUGGAGAAGAAACUGAUUAGGAAUUGAUUUAUUUAAAGUCCAACAUCUAAUUUUCUAAAACAUGUAGGACAUUUUUCUUUGGAAGAACUAUGUUAAAUUUUUGCACAUAAAAUACCUUAGCAGUAUCAAACAAUUGAAAAUAAUGAUCAGGUUAAAUUGUACGUAUUAGAGUUGUGUGUUGUUUAUCAAUAUCAGAACUGGAGAACAUAUUUCUGUUUAAAAAAAGUACCUUAUUUUUAUACAGGCCAAUUGCAGACGCUUAUAUUUAAGUAUAGUUAUUUGUCUAAACAAUGGUGGAUACUUUCUUACACUGGUUUUAGUCUGCAUGUGUAUAAAGAUUUUUACAAGAAAUAAAAUAUAGCGCUGUUUUUUACUG